GCCUCGCCCCGGAAGGGCUUGCGCGCCCACGGCGGCGACCCGGAAGAAGUCCCUCGCGAGGGGGCGGGAGGGACGAGCGCGGAUGCGGCGAGGCCGCUGAGCCAGCUGUCGCCGGGCCAUGGCGGGUACGGCGCUCAAGAGGCUGAUGGCCGAGUACAAACAAUUAACGCUGAAUCCCCCAGAAGGAAUUGUGGCAGGUCCCAUGAACGAGGAGAAUUUUUUUGAGUGGGAGGCGCUGAUCAUGGGCCCAGAAGACACCUGCUUUGAGUUUGGUGUUUUCCCCGCCAUCCUGAGUUUCCCACUUGAUUACCCGUUAAGUCCCCCGAAGAUGAGAUUCACCUGUGAGAUGUUUCACCCCAACAUCUACCCGGACGGGAGGGUCUGCAUCUCGAUCCUGCACGCGCCAGGGGACGACCCCAUGGGCUACGAGAGCAGCGCCGAGAGGUGGAGCCCAGUGCAGAGCGUGGAGAAGAUUCUGCUGUCCGUGGUGAGCAUGCUGGCAGAGCCCAACGACGAGAGUGGAGCGAACGUGGACGCUUCCAAGAUGUGGCGUGACGACCGGGAGCAGUUCUACAAGAUCGCCAGGCAGAUCGUGCGCAAGUCCCUGGGGCUGUGAGGCCAGGCCUCCGACGCGGAGUGACAGUGACACUGUGCUGGCACCGAAACAGGCCCCUGAGCAGAGCCGCGGUGUCUCACUUUCUCACCUUCCCCUGCCCGGCAGGCCUCUGCCACGGCGGCUUAGCACCUCGACGGCCACGUCACUACCUCUCCCCGAGGCCCCGCAGCUCCGCCGCCUCCCCUCCUGGAGCUCCGGGGUCGCGCUGGCCAGCCUUCCGGGACAGGGACACCGGCCAUGCCCUGCCCGCCACGGGCCGGGCCGCUCCCCGAGCCCCCGGGCAUCGGUCACCUUCCCGCUGCAUCCCCCUCACGUCUGGGUACAGCGUGUGCACGUGAUCACGGAGCGUCACACGUAGAAAUGCCUUCUGAAGGCCUGUGGCCUGCGGGUCCCGGCGGCUGUGGAGGCCUCAGCGCCCCAGCACCCCGGCAGGGGCGGGGACACGGGAAGGCUGCAUCGACAGCGUCCUGGCCCUCCGGGCGCCCCCUCCCUUCAGCAGAGAAGCAGACCCUCGCCCCAGCGGUCGUAGCUCGGAGCACAGAGCUGUGCCUUACCCCCGCCCUGGCCAGCGCGCGUGGAGCAGGCACACGAGCCUGGGCCCGGCAGAGCCCGCGCCGCUCACGGCCGGACGUGAUGGCUGCGGGGCCUGGUGCCGGGAGGCGGCGUUACAAGCAAUAACACAUCUGUCACGUGCAGAGUCCACACAGGUUACAUUUAAAUAGGAACCUAUUUUUGACGUAAGGGACGGUCUGUGAGACACAGUCGGCUUUUCCUCACGCUGCCCUCCAUCCGCCCUGCCCUCCCUGACGCCGUGCGCGGAGCCGCUCCCUGACGCCGUGCGUGGCGGCCGUGGAAACCAGCUCCUGCCUUUCCUCCACGGGAGGGGUCGUGUAAAAUCCGAGAUGGGAGCGCAUUGUAUGUGCGCCUCCCGGCGGGGACGCGGUAACAGGAGCGGGCCGCGGGCCGGCAUGGGGGGGCGGCACACAGGCCCGCAGGCUGCCUAGGCGGGAGAGAGACAGUCUACAAAAAGUAUUUUUAUUCAUUUGUAUUUAUUAAGUGCCCCCAGCCCCUGCCUCUGUUCUGUGUGGAAUUUAAUUACUGUGUUGCAAAUAAAGUUACCCAUUUCCCCCGA